UUAAGUUAUUUAAUUAUUUAAAGAAAAAUUUUAUAAUGGUUUUAAUUAUAAUUUUUAAUAUUUAUUCACUUAUUCUGGAUUGAGACCUAGAAAAAUUGAGAGGGAAAGAAGAGAGAGAGGUAGAGUAAGAAACACCUGCUACACUAUUAACCACUCAUGAGCUUUCUCACCCUGCAGAGGAGGAGCAGGGACUUGAACCUGGGACUUUUUUAUUUGACAGGACAGAGAGAAAUUGAGGGAAAUGGAAGACAGUGAAACACCUGCAGCACCACUUCACCACUUGUGAAGCUUUCCCCCAGUUGGGGGCCAGGGGUUGGUAAAGUGUGCUUGACCAGAUGCACCACCAUCCACUGCAUUUCUUUUACUUCUCUAAUGUUCAAAAGUAAGAAUCAUAUAGUUAAGACUAGUUUUUUAAGCUUACCUGUAAGACUAGAGAGGUAGCUCAGUAUUAAAACAUAGGACUUGUAUGCCUAGUGUCUUGUUUGAUCCCCAACAGGUACCACCUGCCAGACCUCAGCAGUCCUCUGAUCUCUCUUCUGCUAUCUCAAAAAAUAAAUUUAAGUUUACCUGUAAGGAAAAAAAAGACUACAAGGGUGCCAGGCAGUAGUGCAUCCAGAUAAGUGCACAUAUUACCAAGCACAAGGAUCCAGGGUUCAAGUCCCUGUUCCCCACCUGCAGGGAGAACAUUUCAUGAACAGUGAAGCAAGUGUCUUUUCUCUUCCUCUUUCUAAUUUCCCCUGCUCUCUCAAUUUCUCCCUUUCCUAUCUAAUAAAAUUGGGGGGGGGGGCAAAAAGUGAUUGCCCAGGGGGGUCGGGCAGUAGCACAGCAGGUUAAGCGCAUGUGGCACAAAGCUCAAUGACUGGUGUAAGGAUCCCAGUUGGAGCCCCCGGCUCCCCACCUGCAGGGGAGUCGCUUCACAGGCGGUGAAGCAGGUCUGCAGGUGUCUGUCUUUCUCUCCCCCUCUCUGUCUUCCCCUCCUCUCUACAUUUCUCUCUGUUGAGUCCAACAGCUAAUGACAUCAAUAAUAACAAUAAUGACCACAACAAGGCUACAACAACAAGGGCAAUAAAAGGGGGGAAAAUGGCCAACAGAAGCAGUGGAUUCAUGGUGCAGGCACUGAGCCCCAGCAAUAACCCUGGAGUCAAAAAAAAAAAAAAAAGUGACUGCCCAGAACAUUGUAUUUGUAGUGCCAGCACUACAAAUAUAAAUAAAUAAAUAAAUAAAUAUAAAUAGUAAAAAAAAGAAAAAGACUACUAGGAAAUUAUAAAAUUUCCUAUUAGCUAGGUUGUUAAUAGUUUGAUGGACAGAUACAACCUGUUGCCUCUGGGUUGCCAGACAUCUAGGUAUUAUGCAUGCUUAAAGAUAGAAAAAUCAGUUUGUGGGGCCAGGUAGUGGCACACCUGGUUAAGUGUACACGUAACAGUGCGCAAGGAACUGGGUUCAAGCCCCUGGCUCCCACCUGCAGGGGGAAGCUUCAUGAGUGGUGAAGCAAGGCUACAGGUGUCUCUCUGUCUCUCACUUUCUCCCUCCCCCUCCCUUCUCAAUUUAUCUCUGUCUCUUAUUCAAUAAUAAAUAAAGAUAUAUUCAAAAAAAAAAGAAAAAUCAAUUUGUAAUUACUUCUCAAAGUGAUUGUGUUUCCUGUAACCUUUUAAGAAACUUCGCUUCUUUCAGAAACAUGGGAAACCCUGAAAGCAUAGAAGAUGCAUAUGUUGCUGUUAUUCGUCCAAAGAAUGCUGCCAGUCUCAAUUCUCAGGAAUACAAAGCUAAGUCCUAUGAAAUUUUAUUGCAUGAAGUUCCCAUUGAAGGACAGAAAAAGAAAAGAAAGAAAGUUUUGUUAGAAACAAAACUUCAAAGCAACUGUGAAGUAACACAAGGUAUAUUGGAUUAUGUAGUUGAAACCACCAAGCCAAUUUCUCCUGCAAACCAGGGUAUCAGAGGAAAACGGGUGCUUCUAAUGAAGAAAUUUCCCCUAGAUGGGGAAAAGAUGGGCAAAGAAGCAGCAUUAUUUAUUGUUCCAUCAGUUGUCAAAGAUAAUAUUAAAUAUACAUAUACUCCUGGAUGUCCGAUUUUUUACUGCUUACAAGACAUUAUGCGAGUUUGUAGUGAAUCCAGUACUCAUUUUGCUACACUUACAGCAAGAAUGUUAAUAGCCUUGGAUAAGUGGUUAGAUGAACGUCAUGCACAGUCUCACUUUAUUCCAGCCUUAUUCCGACCUUCUCCUCUUGAACGGAUAAAAACUAAUGUCAUAAAUCCUGCUUAUGCUAUUGAAUUGGGUCAGACAGAAAACUCCUUGCACAUGGGUUAUAGUGCUGUAGAAAUAAAAAGUAAAAUGUUAGCCCUGGAGAAAGCAGAUACUUGUAUUUACAACCCUUUGUUUGGAUCAGAUCUUCAAUAUACGAACAGGGUAGAUAAAGUGGUUAUAAAUCCAUACUUUGGUCUAGGAGCUCCAGACUACUCAAAAAUCCAGAUUCCCAAACAAGAAAAAUGGCAAAGAAGCAUGAGCAGUGUCACAGAAGACAAGGAACGACAGUGGGUAGAUGAUUUUCCUCUCCAUCGAAGUGCCUGUGAAGGAGAUACAGAAUUACUAAGCAGUCUUCUCAAUGAAAGAUUUUCAGUCAACCAGUUAGAUAGUGACCACUGGGCUCCCAUUCAUUAUGCAUGCUGGUAUGGAAAAGCUGAGGCCACUCGCAUAUUGCUAGAGAAAGGAAAGUGUAAUCCAAACCUUUUAAAUGGACAACUUAGUUCUCCUCUUCAUUUUGCUGCUGGAGGAGGACAUGCUGAAAUAGUACAGAUUCUCCUAAACCAUCCAGAAAUUGACAGACACAUGACAGACCAACAAGGAAGAUCCCCCUUAAAUAUUUGUGAAGAAAACAAGCAAAAUAACUGGGAAGAAGCUGCAAAGUUGUUGAAGGAGGCCAUUAACAAACCAUAUGAGAAAGUUCGAAUAUACAGAAUGGAUGGAUCAUACCGUUCAGUUGAAUUGAAGCAUGGAAAUAAUACAACGGUGCAGCAGAUAAUGGAAGGAAUGCGUCUCUCUCAAGAAACACAACAGUAUUUCACUAUUUGGAUAUGCUCAGAAAAUCUCAGCCUUCAACUGAAACCUUAUCAUAAACCCUUGCAACAUGUUCGUGACUGGCCAGAAAUACUUGCUGAAUUGACUAAUUUGGAUCCCCAAAGGGAAACACCACAACUUUUUUUAAGGAGAGAUGUGAGACUGCCUUUGGAAAUUGAAAAAAAGAUUGAGGACCCACUGGCCAUCCUGAUUCUCUUUGAUGAAGCCAGAUAUAAUUUAUUGAAAGGCUUUUAUACAGCUCCUGAUACUAAGCUGAUAACAUUGGCAAGUCUUCUGUUGCAAAUAGUUUAUGGAAAUUAUGAAAGUAAAAAACAUAAGCAAGGAUUCCUAAAUGAAGAAAACCUAAAAUCCAUUGUACCUAUCACCAAAUUGAAAAAUAAGGCACCCCACUGGACAAACCGAAUACUUCAUGAAUACAAGAAUCUUAGUACAAGUGAGGGUAUCAGUAAAGAAAUGCAUCAUCUUCAGCGCAUGUUCUUACAAAAUUGUUGGGAAAUUCCUACAUAUGGAGCAGCUUUUUUCACAGGACAAAUAUUUACAAAGGCAAGCCCUAGCAAUCAUAAAGUAAUCCCUGUGUAUGUAGGAGUGAAUAUAAAAGGACUUCAUCUCCUCAAUAUGGAAACUAAGGCUUUACUCAUCAGCCUUAAGUAUGGUUGUUUUAUGUGGCAGUUAGGAGAUGCAGACACUUGUUUUCAGAUCCAUAGUAUGGAAAAUAAAAUGAGUUUUAUCGUACAUACAAAACAGGACAAAGAGAAAUGGAGAGAGGAGGGGAAGACAGAAAGAGGGAGAGAAAGACACCUGCAGACCUGCUUCACCGCCUGUGAAGCGAUUCCCCUGCAGGCUGGCCUGGUGGUAAAACUGUUAAUGAAGUUAAAUGGACAGCUAAUGCCCACUGAAAGAAAUUUGUGAGAAGAAAGCAGCUGAUAAUUAAGCUAUCACAACUUAUGAUGCAGAUUUUUUCCAUGAAGAUUUCUUAAACUGUUACUUUUAACAAGGCCUUUAGUUUGUUGUAAUAUAUGUGUAUGUGUGUGUGUGUGUGUGUGUGUGUAUGCUAUUACAUUGUACAGAAUCUGUACUUAUAUUUGGUGUGUAAUAUACCAGUUUGUUUUAUAUAAUAGCCUCAUAAACUAUUCUAAUAACUAUUCUGAUUUUUGAGAGAAACACAAAAAUGUAGAUCGAUAUUCAUAUAUCAGUAGACAAAAUAAUAAGCUUUAUAAAAAAUGUAUUUUUGGUAAAUGGUAAAGAAUUUGGAGUGGGAUGUAUGUAAUUAAAAUACAGCUUUAAUACAAUUCUGUGUGUCAUUUCAAAGUAUACCAGAAGUCAGCUUAGUUUGAAUAAAGAAAAUGUAUUUUCUAUGUAAA